AUGCCAUCUUUACAAGUCCAAAAAGCAAACUUCUUUUUGUUUUUAUUUCAAGUGUACUUGCUUGUAAAAUGCAGUUUUGAGUCACAUCAACUAACAUUAUUUUGUCCAAUGUGUGAUUUUGCUCAAAUGAACACUGAAUUAUCAGCAGGCUCAAUACCAAUUCUAUUUUUGAAUCAGACGCCUAAUUCAGAAAUAUUACAACUAGAUUUAGCAGCACUUUCUUUAGAUAGUACAAUCAGUUUUGAUAUUCAAUGUAUUCGUAAUAAUGGAACGCGAAGCAAUCUAAAUAUCAAUUUAAUGCUUGUUGAUCAUCAGACACCAGUUACCCUCGCAUGUGUUUUAUCAAGAGACACAAUUCGUGCCUAUCAUAGACAGAAACGUCUAAAAUAUCGUCACGAAAAGUUUAAAUCAGACGCCUAA